AUGGCAUCAGACGACGCGGCGGCGGUGCGCGUGGUCGGCGGGUGGGCGAGCCCAUUCGUGAUGCGGGUGUGCGUCGCGCUCAGGCUGAAGGGCGUGGCGUACGAGUUCCUGCAGGAGGAACCGGGCAAGAAGAGCGAGCUGCUCCUCGCGUCCAACCCGGUGCACAAGCAGAUCCCCGUGCUCCUCCACGGCGGGAGGCCGGUCUGCGAGUCGCUCGUCAUCUUGCAGUACGUCGACGAGGCCUUCUCCGGCGCCAGGCCGCGGAUCCUCCCCGUCGACCCCUACGACCGCGCCGUCCACCGCUUCUGGGCCGAGUACGCCGACGCCAAGCUCCCGACGGCGCUCCGGACGCUGAGGGGCAUGAUCGACGGCGACAAGGCCGCGGCGGCGGAGCAGGUGGCCGCGGCGCUCGCCCAGCUCGAGGAGGCCUUCACGGCGUGCAGCAAGGGGCAGCAUUUCUUCGCCGGCGACGACAUCGGAUUCUUAGACAUCGUCCUCGGGUCCUACGUCGGGUGGUUCCGGGCAGCGGAGCGGAUCACCGCGCAGACGGUCCUCGACGAGAUGAGAACGCCCCGGCUCGCGGCGUGGGCGGCGCGGUUCUGCGGGCACGAGUCCGUCAGGGACGUGAUGCCUGACGCCGGAAGGCUCGUUGAGUUCGGCGAGGCGCUCCGCGCAGCGCUGGCCGCCAACGCCAACGCUCAACGGAUGUAA